GACGCUCACGUCGAGGAGGUCAUAUGACUUACCCGCACUCUGCUGUAGUUCCGACUGAUAGCUGAAGACAGUGGUAAUGUGCACUAAUUUAACUCUAAUAACUAAUUUAUGUCUGGAAGUUAACACAGAUUUGCGUAAACGAAUGGGAUAAAGUCGUUGCGAUACUUUCCCCCUACUCUUAAAGAGAUACACGGACGAUGAAGCUGAUAAUCCUAAAUGACUACGACCAGGCAAGCGAGUGGGCUGCAAAGUACAUCAGAAACAAGAUUUUACACUUCCAACCUGGACCCAACAAGUUCUUCACAUUAGGACUCCCCACAGGAAGCACUCCUUUAGGAUGUUACAAGAAGCUGAUAGAAUACUACAAAAAUGGAGAAAUCUCCUUCGAGUUUGUGAAAACCUUCAACAUGGACGAAUAUGUUGGUCUUCCCAGAAAUCACCCUGAGAGCUAUCACUCCUUCAUGUGGAACAACUUCUUCAAGCACAUCGACAUAAGAGCAGAAAACGCCCACAUUCUUGAUGGAAAUGCAGCUGACCUUCAAGCAGAGUGCAGCUCCUUUGAGGAAAAGAUAAGAGAGGCCGGAGGGAUCGAGUUGUUUGUUGGAGGGAUUGGUCCUGAUGGCCACAUUGCCUUUAAUGAGCCUGGGUCAAGUUUGGUUUCCAGGACCAGAGUGAAGACGCUAGCAAAGGACACAAUCAUGGCUAACGCUCGAUUCUUUGAUGGAGAUCUCUCUAAAGUUCCCACCAUGGCCCUGACAGUGGGAGUGGGCACCGUCAUGGAUGCAAAAGAGGUCAUGAUCCUUAUCACUGGAGCACACAAAGCAUUUGCUUUGUACAAAGCAAUAGAAGAAGGUGUCAAUCACAUGUGGACAGUGUCGGCCUUCCAGCAGCAUCCACAGACAGUUUUCGUAUGUGACGAAGAUGCCACCUUGGAGCUGCGGGUUAAGACUGUCAAGUACUUCAAAGGGAUGAUGCAUGUGCACAACAGGCUAGUGGAAACACUUCCAUCCCAACAGAAGUGAAGAUGACCUCUUAUAUGGGACAAAAUAUCACAAAAAUACACUCCAAUCAUUCCUCUUGCAAUUUUAACUCCAGCUAGAGAUGAUGGUGAACAUCUACUCUAAUAUUUUUAAUGGCGCAGUGCAGGCUGUCAGGUUUUAAAUGAUUGUCAGCUUCGUGUCAUGUUUGUUCUUUGUAAUAAAAUGGGUGAUUUAUAUA